UGGUAAAAAAUAAUAAUUGAAAAUAAGUGUUCUUUUCAUGUUGUAAAAUAUAGUCUACAGUACUACUACUAGUUACUAUUUACUUCCUAAUUCUUAUAGUGCAGAAACUAUUUGGUAUAGUUCAUAUAAAAUACUUCCAUCAAUAUGUCAGAUAAAGCUAUGCUCGUUCUGGGCGAAGCUUCUGAAUCUGAUGAUGAAGACCUUCAACAAGUUGAGAAUUCAAGGAAUGGAAUGGUUGAGAGCGACCACACAGAAUUUGACACUGAUUCCAAAUACCGGGCAAGCAAUUUAAAAAAUAGGAAAACUCGAGUGGGAAGAGAAAGUUUUGCUGGGCGUUCUGACAAUUUCAAAAUGUCUGAAGACACUUUACUGCAUAGAAAAUUAAAAGAGAAAAAUAUGCAGUUUUAUUCAAACCUCUCAACAUUCAGCAAGCAAAUGUAUAUAAAUGCAAUGAAUCAAAUGAAUGAAACGGACCAACAGUUGGUCAAAUCUCAAGUGUUACUUCAAGACACUGUGACUAACUGGAAGUAUAUUGAACAAAAUUUGUCGCACAUCAAACGUAAGAUGACUGAUAUACUGGCUGAAGAGUAUAUUCCAAAAAUUAAAAUUUGAAGUGUUGCUUUUAAGAAUAGAACUUGUAAACUAAAAUGAAAUAAUAAAAAUUGUUACUCUAUUAA